AGAGGAAGAGAAAAGCAGAGGGAGAGAGGAGAGGCAACGACCCAUCUCUCGUUUCCUCUCUUCUCGUGCCUUCCUCUCAGACAUUUCCAGAAGCUUUACAAUUCAGACCUUCGGGUUCGUCUCGCCGAAAACGAUCCAUUUUCAAGUGAGUACGUAAGGACUUUGUCUCCACGUUUAGAUCCGACAAACGGGUGAAUCGCGCCGUGGAAAGUUACCCGACGAGGUUCGACGGAUCCUGUGAAAAUUCUCAAACGGGGUUCCCAGACAAUACCAAUUGGUGAGAGCAUCUCUUUAUCCAUCCUUUUACACAAUCCAUGGGUGCAAGCAAGCUGAGGAGGGCCAUUGGAGCGGUCAAAGACCACACCAGCAUUGGCCUAGCGAAGGUUAGUACCAGCAGCAGCUCGCUCUCGGACCUAGAAGUCGCGAUAGUGAAGGCGACUCGGCAUGAUGAAUUCCCGGCGGAGGAGAAGCACAUCCAAGAGAUCAUUAGCUUGACCGGCUAUUCCCGCUCAUACAUAACUGCAUGCAUUGACACCCUCUCAAGGCGCCUCAACAAGACCCGGAACUGGACCGUCGCGCUGAAGACACUUAUUCUGAUCCAGAGGCUCCUGGCCAAGGGCGAUCCCGCAUACGAGGAGGAGAUCUUCUUCGCCACGAGGGGCGGGACCCGCUUCCUCAACAUGUCCGACUUCCGUGACGCGUCGCGAUCAAAUUCGUGGGACUACUCGGCAUUUGUCAGGACAUAUGCUCUGUACCUCGAUGAACAGCUAGAAUACAGAAUGCUGGGACGGCGAGGGAAACGCGGUAAGUAUGGCCUCGAUGAAGAAGAGGAAGAAAACGGGCAAGCUGGCAUUAGAAUCACACCGGUUCGAGAGAUGAAAAAUGUCCAUAUAUUUUCGAAGAUGCAGCAUUUGCAGCAGCUACUCGAACGGUUCUUGGCGUGCAGGCCAACAGGUCCAGCGAAGAACGACAGAGUGAUUUUUGUGGCCCUGUACCCAGUUAUAAAAGAAAGCUUCCGAAUCUAUAAUGAAAUCAUGGAGAUCAUGGCAAUCCUAGUAGAUAGAUUUACAGAGAUGGAGAUUGCGGAAUGCGUGAAGGUGUAUGAGCUCUUAUCGAGAGUAGGGAAGCAGUUUGACGAACUCGAAGUAUUUUACGCUUGGUGCAAGAACGUUGGCAUCGCUCGCACUUCUGAGUACCCGGAAACUGAGAGAAUUACACAGAAGAAACUUGAUCUUAUGGACGAUGUCAUUCGGGACAAAGCAGCAGCAGCAAAAAGCGAGAGAGCGCUCAGUGCAGAGCCAAAGAAUCUUAUCGUGCAAGAAACGGACGAAACAGAAGCAAAUGGACCAGACAUGAAUUCAAUCAAGGCACUGCCUCCACACGAGGGAUUUCGCGAGUCAACUGUUGAAGAGAAGGAAGAACCGAAGAAAGAUAACAUACAGCAACAAGCUGACCUGCUAAAUCUAGCAGAUGAUCCGGUGGCCCACAGAGAACACGGAGAUAAACUAGCAUGGGCCUUAUUUGAUGGCGGCACACCAUCGGUUGGUCCUGACCCGGCACCCACAUGGGAGGCGUUUGGUAAUGAUACGGCAGAUUGGGAGUCCUCGCUUGUGCAAUCGGCAAGCAGUUUGUCAAAUCAAAAGACGACACUAGCUGGCGGUUUGGAUAUGUGGUUUUUCAACGGAAUGUAUCAGCAUGGAGCAACAGCCACCGCUAGGCCUAGCGCAGCAUAUACAUGCAAUGGAAGUGCGAGUAGUGCCACAGUCGGGUCAGCCAACCAGUCGGCGAUGCUGGCUUUGCCUGCACCGCCAGCUCCAGUUGGUAGGGUGACCAAUAAUUUCAUCGAUCCAUUUGCAGCAUCACUCACCAUUGCUCCACCGCCAUACGUGCAAAUGUCAGAUCUGGAGAAGAAGCAGAGGCUUUUGGUUGAUGAGCAGCUCUUGUGGCGGCAGUACUCAAGAGACGGAAUGCGAGGGCAGCUUGGGAUGGCAAACUUACAGGCUAAUUCAUACAACAUGGGAGGUUACACUAGAAGUUAUUGAAGGUGAGUUAUAUUGUUCUCAAAUAUAGACAUUUGAGCAAGUGAAUAGCAGAGCAAACUGCAUAGACUAAUCCUUGGAAGACACCAAGGUUCUGGAUUUAUGCCUUCUCUCUC